UGUGUCGUGGGUUCGUCUCAUCGAAACCCUAGCUGUAAAAAUCCCUAAUAUACUCUCAUCCUCUCCCACUUCUCAUCAUUCUCUGCUUCGGCGACUGCCUCUUCUCCAGCCUCUCGCCUUACGUCUCUCUCGUAGCUUUUCCUUCGAUCCAGCCAUGGCUCCGAAGAAGGACAAGGCUCCUCCACCGUCCUCCAAGCCCGCCAAGUCCGGCGGCGGCAAGCAGAAGAAGAAGAAGUGGAGCAAGGGAAAGCAAAAGGAGAAGGUGAACAACAUGGUGCUGUUCGACCCGGCCACUUACGACAAGCUUCUCUCUGAGGCUCCCAAGUACAAGCUCAUCACUCCCUCCAUUCUCUCGGAUCGUUUGAGGAUUAGUGGAUCUCUCGCAAGGAAGGCAAUUAGAGAAUUGAUGGCUAGAGGCUUGAUCAGGUUGGUGUCUGCUCAUGCAAGCCAGCAGAUCUACACAAGAGCAACGAACACCUAAAAUUUCUUAGUGCCCAUGCUUAUUUGGUUUAUUUAAGUAUUUGUUGAGUUUCGUGCUAUAAUACUGUUAUGUCAAGUUUUGUGAUGUGAGAAUGUUAGCUCUUUUUAGACACCAUUUGUCAUGUUUCCUGUUUUGAAGGAUUGCUUUUGGAGUAAUUGAGAAUGUUUCGUUUUGAGCUCUCA